AUGGCGGCCAUCAUCAGCGGGUGCGGCAGCGAGCCGCCAUCAGACGGCCGCACGCUGGACGACUUCCAGCUGCUGCACACGCUGGGCACCGGCACAUUCGGGCGAGUGUUCCUGUGCCAAUCCAAGGCGACCAAGCGCUUCUUUGCCAUGAAGGUUCUGCGAAAGUCGCAGGUGGUCAAGCUCAAGCAAGUUGAGCACAUCAACAACGAGAAGAACAUCCUGGAGGCGGCGCGGCACCCGUUCAUUGUGCAGCUCGAGUGCACCAUGCAGAACGAGCGCAACCUGUACAUGCUGAUGGAGUACGUGCCCGGCGGCGAGCUGUUCUCGCACCUGCGGCGCGCCGGCCGGUUCCCCGACGACGUCGCGCGGUUCUACGCGGCCGAGAUUGUGCUGGCGCUGGACUACCUGCACAGCAUGAAGAUCAUCUGGCGCGACACCAAGCCCGAGAACAUCCUGCUGGACGAGCGGGGCCACGUCAAGUUGACGGACUUUGGGUUUGCCAAGCGCGUCGAGGAGCGCACGUGGACGCUGUGCGGCACGCCCGAGUACCUGGCACCCGAGAUCAUCCAGAGCAAAGGCCACGGCAAGGCCGUCGACUGGUGGGCGCUGGGCAUCCUGAUUUUUGAGAUGCUGGCCGGCUACCCGCCGUUCUACGACGACAACCCGUUUGGCAUCUACGAGAAAAUCCUCGAGGGCAACCUCGUCUUCCCAGCGUUCUUCUCGCCGGCCGCCAGGGACCUGAUACAGCGCCUGCUGACGCCCGACGUGAGCAAGCGUCUGGGCAACCUGCAGGGCGACGGCGAGGAUGUCAAGACCCAUGCGUGGUUCAGCAUGAUUGACUGGCAAGUGCUCGUGCAGAAGCGCAUUCCGCCGCCGAUCGUGCCGCCGCACAGGCACCCUGGCGACACUUGCAACUUUGACAAGUACCCGGAGCCGCCGCAGGAGGCUGCCCUGGAGCCUGGCGUCGACCCAUACCGCCACCUGUUUUCGACCUUUUAG